UCCGCCGCACAUAAAUCUCUGCGGUGCUGUGGUUCUCGGUGGAGCUCCUUGGGUUGGUGGUAGUGGGAGGUGAUAGUUUGGGCCAGAGUGCGUGGGACGGUUGGCUCACGUCCCGCUUUGGAGUGAACGAUCUGUUGAGAGUAGCUUUUGUUCGGACGGCAUGACGAGGAUUAGCGAGACCACUACUCGGUCGAUGGAGUCUGGAGCUUGCUGGAGUCCAUAGAUCUUGUUGAACUCUCUUGGCGCUCCUCUCUGGCGGCCACAACGUGACUAUCCCCUUUUUGGAGACUCCUCUAUUUAUGCUUCUGAGGUGUUUAGUCUUGCUUGUUUUAUGCUCACGUUCACCUCACCGUCAUUGUCGUCUUCGGCUUCAUCAUCACCGUCAUCAUCAUCAUCAUCGUUGUUGUUGAGGAGCUCUAGAUAUCUGUGCGGUGAGGAAACUGGAGAAGAUGUACACUGUUUUGGUUAAUGACAGUCGUGUCGUUCUUCGGCGAUUGUAGAAGCAGCAGCAGCAGAGAAGAAGACUUUGCGGAGACCAUUGGAUAUGCCGAAAGGUGAGGUCAGCAGAGGUGGUCGGUCGGCAGAUAGUAGUGGGUGUAGGUGGGCCUGUGGGAUACUCGACCGAAGACGUGCGCUCUCCGCACGUUACCUUUGUUGUGUUGUCUUCUCGACGGACGAGCGACGGACGGGUUCUCCACUUGAGAGGAGUCAUCGCGCGCGCCAACACAAAACAACCUCGUCGUUCGACGACGACGACGGCGACGGCAGUAUGAUAUAACGUUUUUGGCCAAACCUAGCACAUUAGAUGCAAACGGACUGUCGCGAAGUGAGGAUGUCAAAAUAGCCGUCUUUGCGGUACUGUUGCGAAUUUCGCGUCGCGAUUCUUAAAGCGAAUCAGCCAGUGUCCGGCCUUAAGUCCAGUGGUCAUAAUUGGAAGAGACCAUCGAAUUGAAGAUUCCCCCCUCCCCAAAUCCCAGAUAUACCGGUGUAUUGAAGCCGAAAUCCAAGACCUAGCUCAAACAUUUCGCAAGGAUACAAAUUAGCCUCGGAAACCCCUUUCCAGGAGUGUUUAGCAAUCUUCCAAACAAUAACAAAAACAAGUGCAGCAAAAAAUGCGUGAUUGUGUGAAAGAUAACUGCCUGCAGUGGAAUCUCCUUACCUAAAAAAAAAACCAUAAACGGAUAUCCCUGCGUACCGGAAGACAACCGCAGAAGCACCAAAACAAAGUGUUUUCACCGUUGCUCCAGCUGUAGAAUAACAACAGGAAAAAUUCAGCGCAAAAAAACGGCUCUAGAUUGUGUUGUGUUUGCGUGUGAAAGAGCAGAGGUAAAUUUCCUCAAAACUGUUUUUGGAGCCUUUUUUUUGUGAUACCGUUUCGGCACCGAAAAAAAAUCCAUGAAUGAAUUUCUCCCCCUCUACGACCAAGAGUGAUCCCGUGAGUUUCAUCCUCGCCGAAAGUGCACACAAACCCAGACCCAGACGCGCCGAAAAGAUGAAAAAACGCUUUAAUGAGUUUGGUGGCUAAGGAAGAACCCUCCCGGGUGUAUCCAAGCAGGCGAGAGUGAACCAAGAAAAAAAAAUCCCGAAUCUUCAGAAGAAAACAAAAACGGAGCAAAACGCUACGCGCGAAGAUAAGACACGGAAGAAAAGCAAAACGUAACCGCGCUACUAAUUGUGGAACUCCUCGAGACCGGGCGACGACGACGCGCCCCGUCGCAACUUUCAUUUGCAUACUUUAAGGCGAAGUGGAGGAAAUCGUUUAAAAACAACACCCAGCAAAAAAAGAAAAGAAAAAAUCAAGGAUCCGGAAAAGAAAAAUUACAACCGUUGUCGCGAUAAAAAAGUGUCUGAGUUACAGGACUAGGCAAACCGUGCGACGGGCUUCUCAAGUUUAUUUCUUUCUUUCUGUUUUUUCAUCAUCCCGUAAAAAACUUCGCGGAAAAUCAGCUGGGUGCAAUUCUACGCCACUUGGUGGCGUCGCAGACGCCGGAAAAGCCGACGACGAACGCUGGAAGUAAUCCAAAUAUAACAAAAAAAACACGGAAAUUUUCUUACACUUUCGCCGUUUUGCGCGUUACUACUUACGGCGAAGUGUUUGUGUUUGUCUAUUUCUGGUUGUGUAUGUGUGUGUAUGUGUUUGUCCUAGAAAGUGUCUAGUAAUAAUCGCUAGUAGUGAACCCACAAAACCUUGAAUUCGUGAACAUCACCAAAUUAUUCCUACACCCAUCGCAAACCUUCGGUUUGGGGACAAGAUCCAGUCAAAAUGAGAAUCAAAAUGCCAGCUGUUCGGAUCGCUCAAGAUUCAGACACCGGAGAAUCUGAAGGCACUCAAGAUAUUCUAACAUGCGGGUCCUGUCAGAAAACGUUUGCCCUCUCCGACAUCGUGCGAUUCAUCCAGCACAAAGUGCUUCAGUGCAACAAAGAAAACUACGGCCAGUGCUACUCCCAAGGCACUACCGGUGAUAGGGACUCGGAUGAUGGACGACCCCUGACGUUGGCCAACUCGAGGCGACCCUCGAUUUCGGCACCCAUCUCGGCCCGCAAAGCCAGCGGCUCCCGGGUACACACUCCUCCCCCGACCAGUCCCGCGGAACUGCUACGAGAUGGAGCCUCCAGCACCCCCAAGCGGUUGAAUGAAGAAUCGGAAAACGUGUCCCACAACAAUGUGGCCGGUUCCCAUCCAUCCAGUUCAAGUCCACUGGGAAGUAGUUCCAGCUCCAGUGGCGCCGAUGAGGAUGACCACCGGACGUCCUCAAAGACGGCGGCGGCGUCGGCGUCGGCGGCAGCAGGCUCUGUGCCGUGCCCCGAAAACGUCGAAAUCAAACAGGAACGGCUCGAUGCCGGCGAGUCCGGCUCGAUUGGGGAGCCAGCUCUGAAACGAUCCCGAACCAGUACCGAACUGGCGGACGUUGAAUCGAGCAGCACCAGCGGAAGCGAACCCACCAACUAUGUGUGCAGCACGUGCAAAACCAAAUACCAUUCGGCGUGGCGGCUGGUGCAACAUGUUCAACAUGCCCACCGCGUCAAGAUUUACGAGGUAUCGCUCGUCGAUGACGACAGUGAUGAUGAGGAUUGUGAUGAGCGCGAGGAAGCUAGCGAGCGAGAGGAACGUGGAAACGUGGAAGAAGUCCAGCGGCAGACGGAAAAGGAAGCCGCUGAGCCUAGUGGCAAGUGCACCGAAAUGGAAGCUGAUAAUGAAGACGAGCCCCGCGUCGUCAACGAGUCGGAAUCGUUGGUGCAAAGUGGCAAGUCCAGCUCCAUGAACAAUCUGAGUGCUAGUUCCAACUGCUCUAGCAAUAACACCAGUGGAAGUUCUCGAGGAAGUGGUGGCAUUAACAAUCUGUUGCAGAGCCAGUUGCAACUUCAGCAGCAGCAACAGCAACAGUUGCCUCCUCGUGAUUCCCAAAGUCUUCCACCACCUGGUUUGAGACACCAUCCACUGCUUCCACCACCGGAAAUGCAUGCCAAUCCGUUCGGUUUGCUACGGAUGCCGUUGAACCAUCACCCGCACAGUCCCCUCUUCGCUGGCCGCGGUCAUCAUGACUUUCGCAUGGAACAUCUCAUGUCCGAGCAGUUUCGCAACCAUGGUCUCAAUCUGGCGGCAGCUGCAGUCGCAGCGGCGAACCAACUAAAGACCCACAACCAGCAGUUCAACCCCAGCAAUCCCACCAACGAGCGGCCUCCGUCGUCCGGAAGCAUUUCCCUGCCGGGAGCGACCCAAGGACUCGUACUGGAACCGCACCUGGAUUUUUACUCACAACGCUUGCGGCAACUCGCGGGUACGGCCAGUCCCGGGACAAACCAAAACACCUCUAACUCUCCCAGUCCUCGCAAGCAGCAUUCCCCUUCUUUCGCUAGCCCUUCCCCUUCCCAGCUUCCCCCGACCCCUCUGACCAACAACUCCCGACCUCAAAGUCUAACCCCACCGGAAAAACACACCGAACUGGGCCUGGAUUCCGGAACCAUCACCAACACCCCUCGAUCGGCUUCCACCCCUCCCAAUAAGCAGAGUCAAAGUACCGAAGCGAUUCACUCGUGCGAAUUCUGCGGCAAGAAGUUUCGAUUCCAAAGCAAUCUACAGGUGCAUCUGCGAACGCACACCGAAGAACUUCCGUUCAAGUGCAACAGCUGCGACUACUCCUGCAUGGAUGCUUUGAAGUUGAAACAGCACAUGAAAAUCCACAUGAAAGCCGGUGAAGAUGGCAUGAGCAAUCCGGAAUCGCUGGAUUCCGAUAUGGAAGACUCCGAUAACGAGUUGAUGGAUGCCGAGGACAUCGAUGGAGACGAUGACGACCAAGAUGACGAUGUGCUCGGAGAGGAAGCCGAAGAUCUUAGCAUGAGCAGCACCCAGAGCCAUGCCAAGAAGGACGGCCACAUGUCAUCGUCCCUGGUCGGUGAACUGAUGGACAAGUUCGGACUGUCCAACAUUGCCCAGUACUCCGAAGCCUACAAACAAGCCCUUGAGGAGUCGGGAAACGCGUUGAAGCUGCAGCUGACAAGUAAAGAUCGAGACAACAACAACAGCGCCAUGGCCAUCCCUGGAUUGGCCGAGAAGUUGAAUGGACUUCCCGCUGCGUUGCGGAUCAAGGAGGAACUAGCGAAGAACAUGCUGCAGCAUCAUAAUCCACAACUUCCACAAGUUCCUCUGUUCAAUCCGUUCGAGAACCCCUUCGAAGCAUCGAAACGCAUGAAGCUCGAGGGUGGCGACGGCUGGUGGAAUCUACCCGGCCUGCACCGGAACGAAUCGCUCUUCGAAAACCUCAAACCCGGCCGGGACCGAAGUCUGCUCCAAUCGAUGGCUAAGAAGGACAACCGAAACCGCAACGACACCUGCGAAUUCUGUGGCAAAGUGUUCAAAAACUGUUCCAACUUGACCGUCCACCGAAGAAGUCACACCGGUGAAAAGCCUUACAAAUGCGAGCUAUGUUCCUAUGCGUGUGCCCAAAGUUCGAAACUGACCCGGCACAUGAAAACCCACGGCCGUCUCGGGAAAGACGUCUAUCGCUGCCGGUUCUGCGAGAUGCCCUUCAGUGUUCCCUCGACGCUCGAGAAGCACAUGCGCAAAUGCGUCGUCAAUCAAGGAAAAUUGCAGGCCCAGCGAGAACAGCAACGGGAACGAGAACUUCAACACCUCCAGCAUCAGCAGCAAUUGCACCAUCAGCAGCAGAUAGCCGCCCAACAACAGCUAGCCGCCCAGCAGAUGGCAGCAGCGGCGGCCGUCCAGCAACAACAACAACAGCACCGGGAACUUAUGCAAUUGCAAUCGACGCCUCAGCCACCCCGGGAUCUCUCGAUGAUUCCGGUGUCGCCACCUGCCGAACUCCUAUUACCUCCACUGCCCGUCGUUCCGCCCAUGAUCCACCUCGGUGGCUCCGAACACGACCGACCGGAACGAUCCAGCACCACGCCCCACUCGGCACCCGGCAGCAAUUCGAACACCCCCAUCAUCAAGGAGGAAGCUGCAACCGCAUGACUCUACUCUCCUUGGAGUGGUUACGAACUGCCCCCCAAUCGGCUGAUGUCCCGCAUCUACUAGGACCAAUCGAACGGAAAGUCCAAGAUCCCCAUUGCUCUAUGAGGGAUCUUCUAAGUUCGGCUCAAUUCGUCCCCAUCUCC